AUGGUAACCGGCAGCGGCCGCCGCCACAGCAGGGCCGGCCCCAGCGCCAGCGCCGGCCGCGGCUCGGCUCGGCUCAGUGUGGGGGUGAGCUGCGGCGGCGCGGCCGGGCCGGGGAAGCGGGCGCUGCCCGGCGGCCUCAGCAUGGAGGACGGCUUCUCCAGCUACAGCAGCCUGUACGACACGUCCUCGCUGCUCCAGUUCUGCAACGAUGACAGCGCUUCUGCCGCCAGUAGCAUGGAGGUGACAGACCGCAUCGCCUCCCUGGAGCAGAAAGUCCAGAUGCAGGAAGACGACAUCCAGCUGCUCAAGUCGGCUCUGGCCGACGUGGUUCGGCGGCUGAACAUCACCGAGGAGCAGCAGGCCGUGCUCAACAGGAAAGGACCUACCAAAGCAAGACCACUGGUGCAGACCUUGCCUUUAAGAACCACCGUCAACAACGGCACUGUGGUACCAAAGAAAGCCAGUGGCUCCCUGCCAGCCCCUUCGGGGGCCAGGAAAGAAACCGCUGUACCUGCCACAGCCAAAAGUACCAUCAAGAGGACCAGCUCUUCCGAACGAGUAUCUCCUGGUGGUCGAAGGGAAAGCUAUGGGGAUUCCAAAGGAAACCGGAAUCGCACGGGAUCCACCAGCAGUUCUUCUAGUGGCAAAAAGAACAGUGAAAGCAAACCCAAGGAGCCGGUCUUCAGCGCAGAAGAAGGAUAUGUAAAAAUGUUUCUUCGUGGACGCCCUGUUACCAUGCACAUGCCCAAAGAUCAAGUGAAUUCUUACAGUUUGGAAGCAAAAGUAGAACUACCAACGAAGAGACUUAAGCUGGAAUGGGUCUAUGGGUACAGGGGUCGAGACUGUCGUAACAACCUGUACUUGCUUCCGACGGGCGAGACUGUGUAUUUCAUCGCAUCCGUGGUCGUGCUGUACAAUGUGGAGGAGCAGCUUCAGAGGCAUUACACGGGCCAUAAUGAUGACGUGAAGUGCCUUGCAGUUCAUCCUGAUAGGAUCACGAUAGCCACAGGACAAGUUGCAGGCACAUCUAAGGAUGGAAAACAGUUGCCCCCAAACGUGCGCAUCUGGGAUUCCGUGACGCUGAAUACGCUGCACGUCAUCGGAAUCGGGUUUUUUGACCGAGCCGUCACCUGUAUCGCAUUCUCAAAAUCCAAUGGAGGAAGCAACCUCUGUGCCGUGGAUGACUCCAAUGACCACGUGCUGUCCGUGUGGGACUGGCAGAAGGAAGAGAGACUGGCGGAUGUCAAGUGUUCUAAUGAAGCUGUGUUUGCUGCGGAUUUCCACCCCACGGACACGAAUAUAAUUGUUACCUGUGGAAAAUCCCAUCUCUACUUUUGGACACUAGAAGGAAGCUCCCUUAUUAAGAAGCAAGGAUUAUUCGAGAAGCAAGAAAAGCCAAAGUUUGUCCUCUGUGUGACUUUUUCUGAAAAUGGUGACACCAUCACCGGAGAUUCAAGUGGCAACAUCCUGGUAUGGGGAAAAGGUACGAAUCGAAUAAGCUACGCAGUUCAAGGGGCCCACGAGGGCGGUAUUUUUGCACUUUGUAUGUUGAGGGACGGCACGCUGGUGUCGGGAGGAGGGAAGGACCGGAAGCUCAUUUCUUGGGAUGGAAACUACCAGAAACUUCAUAAAACCGAGAUUCCAGAACAGUUUGGUCCCAUACGGACAGUGGCUGAGGGGAAAGGCGAUGUGAUCUUGAUAGGCACGACCAGAAACUUUGUUCUACAGGGCACGCUGUCUGGAGACUUCACACCCAUCACUCAGGGUCACACUGAUGAGCUCUGGGGACUGGCCAUCCAUGCCUCAAAACCUCAGUUUUUGACCUGUGGGCAUGACAGGCACGCCACCCUGUGGGACGCUGUUGGUCACCGGCCUGUCUGGGACAAAAUAAUAGAGGACCCAGCUCAGUCUUCUGGUUUUCAUCCUUCAGGGUCUGUGGUUGCAGUCGGAACGCUGACUGGGAGGUGGUUCGUGUUUGACACAGAAACGAAAGACUUGGUCACCGUCCACACGGAUGGAAAUGAACAGCUGUCUGUAAUGCGUUACUCACCAGAUGGGAAUUUCUUAGCAAUAGGCUCCCAUGACAACUGCAUCUACAUAUACGGAGUCAGUGACAACGGGAGGAAGUACGCACGGGUCGGCAAGUGCUCGGGUCAUUCCAGCUUCAUCACUCACCUGGACUGGUCUGUAAACUCACAAUUCCUCAUGUCGAAUUCCGGAGACUAUGAAAUCCUUUACUGGGUUCCCUCUGCUUGUAAGCAAGUCGUAAGUGUGGAAACUACGAGAGACAUCGAAUGGGCCACAUACACCUGCACUUUGGGAUUCCACGUCUUUGGAGUGUGGCCAGAAGGCUCGGACGGGACCGACAUCAAUGCCGCCUGUCGGGCCCACGAGAAAAAACUCCUGUCAACCGGUGACGACUUCGGCAAAGUGCACCUCUUCUCUUACCCCUGCUCACGGUUCAGGGCUCCCAGCCACGUGUACAGCGGGCACAGCAGUCACGUCACCAACGUCGAUUUCCUCUGUGACGACAGCCACCUCAUCUCCACUGGCGGCAAAGACACGAGCAUCAUGCAGUGGCGGGUCAUUUAGUCCCGGCAAGAACCCGGGGGAGCAGAACGGGCCAGGAGGCAAGUAAAUGAAUUGAACCAUCAACUCUACAGCACUGGUUGUUUAGAGUGGCCGAUGAAGCUGAACAUUGGGAAGCAUUUUUUAUUACAUCUCCAGCCUGCUGCGGAAAUGCCGGGCACCAGUAAACAAUAUGUAUUAAAGAUGAUUCUGUUUGUAUGUAUCCUUAUCAAAUAUAUUCUAUAAUGAAAUAAAAUCUGAAAAGUGGAUUUCUUAUUGACCUAUAAUCAUGAAAGUAUAUAAAUUAAAA